GGGCAGAUUUGAUUUUCCCGCAGCCCGGGCGCCCAGGAGCCGAAGCCCGAGCCGAGGAGGUGGCGCUCGCAGCCGCGUCCCAGCCCCGUCGCCGCCGGCGCCGAGACCCAGGGAGAGGCGGCGCAGCCCGGGCGCCCCGGGCUCCGCGCUGCCGGCGCCCCGCCACCCCCGCUGCCAGCGCCCCAUCCGGCGCCUCCCGCCCCUGACGCCCCUCUCCCUGUCUCCUGCAUCCCCUCUACCGCUGCCCACAGACGCGCGUCCCUCUCCUGGUGCCGCUCUCCACGACUCCGCGCGUCCCUCCCGGUGCCCUCUCCCCGCGCCCCUCUGCCCGCGCCCCUCUCUGCCUUCCCCGCUGUGGCCCCGCUCCCUGGGCUCCUUGCCCUUCCCCGCUGGGCACCUAGCCUUCUCGCAGCGUCACCCGAGCCCCCACCUCGAUCCGCGGCCCCCGCUCCCUCCGCCCUCUUCCCUCUCUCACUUCCCACGCCCCCUCUUCGCGCUCCUCUCUCCUCCCCUUGCCGCCCAGCCCUGGCUCUGGAGUUGGGGGAGAGCCCAGGGCUCCAGUCGCUCCGGAGGAGGCGUGAAUCGCGCAGGGAUUGACUAAUUUGGGGUGGGGGGUGCGGUGGGCGAUGGAGCAGCCUGAGGACAUGGCGUCGCUGAGCGAGUUCGACUCCUUGGCGGGCAGCAUCCCGGCCACCAAGGUGGAGAUCACCGUGUCCUGCAGGAACCUCUUGGACAAAGACAUGUUUUCCAAGUCCGACCCACUGUGCGUCAUGUAUACCCAAGGGAUGGAGAACAAGCAGUGGCGGGAGUUCGGGCGCACUGAAGUCAUUGACAACACGCUCAAUCCCGACUUCGUGCGCAAGUUCAUUGUGGAUUACUUUUUCGAGGAGAAGCAGAACCUCCGUUUUGAUUUAUAUGACGUUGACUCUAAGAGUCCCGAUUUAUCCAAACACGAUUUCCUGGGCCAGGCCUUCUGCACCCUUGGAGAGAUUGUGGGGUCCCCUGGGAGCCGCCUGGAGAAGCCCCUCACGAUAGGUGCAUUCAGCCUGAAUUCCAGGACGGGCAAACCCAUGCCAGCCGUGUCCAACGGUGGUGUCCCAGGAAAGAAAUGUGGCACCAUCAUCCUGUCCGCUGAGGAGCUCAGCAACUGUAGGGAUGUCGCCACCAUGCAGUUCUGUGCCAACAAGCUGGACAAGAAAGAUUUCUUUGGGAAAUCUGACCCCUUCUUGGUAUUCUACAGAAGCAAUGAGGAUGGAACGUUCACCAUUUGCCACAAAACGGAGGUCAUGAAGAACACCCUAAAUCCCGUCUGGCAAACUUUCUCCAUUCCCGUGAGAGCCCUCUGCAACGGCGACUAUGAUCGGACCAUCAAGGUGGAGGUAUACGACUGGGAUCGGGACGGCAGCCAUGACUUCAUUGGGGAGUUCACCACCAGUUACCGGGAGCUGGCCCGUGGGCAGAGCCAAUUCAACAUCUAUGAGGUGGUAAACCCGAAAAAGAAAAUGAAGAAAAAGAAAUACGUGAAUUCUGGCACAGUCACCCUGCUUUCUUUUGCUGUGGAGUCAGAGUGCACCUUCCUUGACUACAUCAAAGGAGGGACCCAGAUCAACUUCACUGUGGCCAUUGAUUUCACUGCCUCCAAUGGGAACCCCUCACAGUCCACAUCCCUGCACUACAUGAGUCCCUACCAGCUGAACGCCUACGCGCUGGCCCUGACCGCCGUCGGAGAGAUCAUCCAGCACUACGACAGUGACAAGAUGUUCCCUGCCCUGGGUUUCGGGGCCAAGCUGCCCCCCGAUGGCAGGGUGUCCCAUGAGUUCCCGCUGAAUGGCAACCAGGAGAAUCCCUCGUGCUGCGGCAUCGACGGCAUCCUGGAGGCCUACCACCGCAGCCUGCGCACGGUGCAGCUGUACGGCCCCACCAACUUCGCCCCCGUGGUCACCCACGUGGCCAGGAAUGCAGCAGCUGUGCAGGAUGGCUCCCAGUACUCGGUGCUGCUCAUCAUCACAGACGGGGUCAUCUCGGACAUGGCGCAGACCAAGGAGGCCAUUGUCAAUGCUGCCAAGCUCCCCAUGUCCAUCAUUAUCGUCGGCGUGGGCCAGGCAGAGUUCGACGCCAUGGUGGAGCUGGAUGGUGACGACGUGCGGAUCUCCUCCCGGGGGAAGCUGGCUGAACGCGACAUUGUCCAGUUUGUACCCUUCCGGGACUACGUGGACCGCACAGGCAACCACGUGCUGAGCAUGGCCCGCCUGGCCCGAGACGUGCUGGCAGAGAUCCCUGACCAACUGGUGUCCUACAUGAAGGCACAGGGCAUUCGCCCACGUCCCCCACCCGCAGCACCAACCCACUCGCCCUCGCAGUCCCCAGCCCGCACGCCCCCUGCGUCCCCCCUGCACACACACAUCUGAACCUGGUCUCAGCAGGCAGGUGGCUGGGGCCUGGGAGAGGCCAGGUGAACAGGAGGCCGGGGCCCCAGACUCCCCGAAGUUGGCCUGCCCGGCCUUUGGGACAUCUGUGUGCCUGGGAGGCUGCCAAGGGGUGGGACUUCUGAAGACCCCCUCCUCAAUUUCUUGGCCUCACUUAUUGCCCAGACCCAGGGAGUUAGGGGUGCACAGGUGACAGCGGGGUACACAGGGACCUAGUCCUUCUCUUCUUCACCAGUACCUGGCUCUAGCCCAGUCAGGAAGGUGUAAACAAUAGGGGUGAUUGGGGGUCCCUGUCGCCCACCCCCGGCAAUCUUAUUUGCUUCCCUGUCACCCUGAAGCCUGGGGUCGGCCUCCUCCAGCCCCCCAUCUCCGUCCCAUCCACCCAUGGUGUCUACUAUCACUGACCCCCGCCCUGUGGUCUAUCCUGUGCCCAAUUUCCAGUGAACCCCAUGAAGCUGAUGGGUUUGCAGGAAGGCCUGAACAUGUGCCCCCUCCCAGGGACACUGGAUGCAUUGGGAGCCCCGGGGACCCACAGGGUGCUGUAAUCAUGGACCAUCAGCCAUGUAAUGGGCCUGAAGUGGAGGCUGCUCAGCACAGAGCCCUUUCUGGUGCCUCUUGAGCUCAGUACGAUGCAAGUUCUAGACACACAGCCUGUGGAGGCCUCUCCCUGGUGUGGGCCCACAGGCACUUCCACGGUUGACUCCUGGCUUCAGGAAUCCCCUCCUACCUCCAGAGGCUUCCCAGGGCCCUCGGUGCCCAUGCCUCUGCCACCUGGAGGCCUGAGUAAGGAGUGGCUCAGCCCCAUGCUCCCACACUGCCCCUGCUCUUUGCCCUGUAUCCCAUGAGGCUAGGAGACAGGAGCCCUGGGUUUGAGCCCUGCCUCCCCCAACUGCCUAAUGUGGGAACCCAAGCAAGACCCUUCUACCUUUUGGGCCUCAAUUUCCAUGUCUGUAUGACAAGAGGGUUGACCAGAUGGCCCCAGGUUUUCCUUUAGAUCUGACAUCCUGAGGGUCAUUCAUCCCAUGCCCAGCUCCCCCACAUCCUACUCCUAACUGAUGUGACCCUACCCGAGGCCGCCUUGGCUUUUGUGUCACCCUGUUCCAUCCCAUCACCCCAAACACACCCUAGUCCUUCAGCCUUGGGCUCUGGCAUCUGAGCCUGAGCGCUGCCCCUGCUGUGGGAAAGGUAGGGAAGAAGGGGAUCUCCCUCCUGGGCCCACCCAGCCGCCUUUGCCCACUCGGGGAGCAGGUCAUGCAUGCCAGUCCCUGUUGCCGCAUGGAGCUCCUCAGCCCACUGACCUCUCCGUGCCUGGUGCGGGCCAGGCCCCCGUCUUCUGCCUGCCUCUGCUUCCCUGUCAUGCAUGGUGGUGGUGUUUCUACGGUGUCUGGUUCUGUGCCCGUCUCUGAGACAGUCUCUGUGUGGAAUUUGCCUUAAACUGAAGUAAAUUUGGUUCUUUUAGUAAAGCA